AUGACAUCUAUCUCUCCGGCCGAAGCACGGCCUCCUCCAUUGCGACGCCCGAUCGAUUCGAAGCGACCCGCACCUGGGAGAACAUCCAGCCAUGUCUUCUCACCGACCGACAAAAAGGUGCCGGCACCGCAAAGAGAGACGAUAGAUGCUGGGGAGGACAGGCCGGUGAAAAGGCGGAAGAUCGAAACCAGCCCCAACUCGAAUCAAACUAGCAACCACAGCGUUACCUCGUUUCCUGCCAGAGUUUCCGAUUCACAUGUCGAUACCAAGACCGUCGCGUGGCGCUGGCUGAAACCCUCAGCGGUUCGGGCAACAAUCGCGAACUCGCGGAGAGGGGAAGAGGAGGAAAAUUCGAGUGAAGACGAGGUACCCGAACUUCCUCCUCGGCCCUGGAGGACUAUUCGAGUCGCCAAAGCUUCAGACAAACCCACUCCGACACAUCGAUUACGGGUGGAUGUCCCUGUACCAAAUACACCUGACUCGAUACAAGUUCCAUCUUCAGCGCCUCAGUUUGUGCCGAAGAAACCCGUUGGAUUCUUUCCAUGGACCGGGAAGCAUCCCGAGGACAUCUUGAAUGAUAACAAUGUGAAGAACGGCUAUUUUGAUAAACCCCCAAACCCUACCGAAAAGGAACUCAACACUGCGCGGGUCUCGCUCUACAAUGCCUUCAAACAUAAAUCGGGGGUCGACAGUCUGUCUGCUCUCUUCUCUCUUGUCCUGAACCAGAAGAGCCAGCAUGGCUUGAUCAGUUCUGCCUCGGCGUUCAAACCACCUCCCCGCGUCACCUUGACCGAAGCGAAACGAAAGUCGUGGAUAGCGGACCUGGCCAAUGCCGACGUGCCGUUGCGGCGGCUGAGCAGGACCAUUCCUCAGGGAAUCAAGGGCCAGAUUCUGUUGGAGCAAUGCUUGCAAAGCUCGGUCCCGUCGAGUCGUGCGAUAUGGUUCGCCAAGUGCGUUUGUGCUAACGAGAUUCGCACCUUGAGAAGGAAAGGAACCGCUCCCGCAGUGGCCGUGGGCGCCGAAAACAAGUGGCUUCGCGAAUGGACGCAAAACGUCGAACAAUUUUUGGAAACAUAUCUGGGACAAGCCAAUUCACCCGAUUGGAAGUCAAACGUUCUAUACGCAUUGCGGCUCAAUACCCGUCUCUAUCUCGAGAAUCUCCUAGACCGGGGCCACUACUUGGAUUGGAUUUUGCGCUCUUUCAAUGCGGCUGACGUCGGUCACACUCCUUUCUGGCUGAUGGUAAUCCAUAUUUACAAGCAAGAUUUGAGCCACUACCGCAGGCGAGGUGCUAGACUUGCCAAAGCACUCAUUGACAAGUACCGCUCGGUGGACAAGCUCCCCGACCAAACGAUAACUCCCUUGAAGCAGAGGCUGCGUGCCGCGAUCCGGGAACUAUUGUUCGCACGUCCUGCAAUCUUCCUGAUGCCAGACCGGUGGCCUGAGAGUGUACCCAUUGUUCGGACUUGCCUUGACACGACCAUUGGAACGGAAGGCCAGAUUUUGGAAGAACUCAACCGUAUCAAUGAGAGAGCAAUGGGAUUUAACAAGGCAGAAUUCCUGUCUGUACGUGCCGCUGACGAGGCCAUUGUUGAAACCCUCGAUGCGGCCAAGGUCCCAUACAAUUUCGCUCUGCUGGAAGAAGAUCUCGCUGAAGCUUGUUCAGACUUUGAUCUUCUCCUGCGAUCCUGUCUUGAAUGGUCAUGUACACGAUUUCGACAAUCCACUACUCGAGUGUAUCUGGUCACUCGUUUAGUCAAGCGCUGGCAACGAGACGGUUGUGACGUUGACACACCUAUUCUCAAUUUUCUUUCUUCUUUUCGGGAGGGAAAAACGACCGCUGAUAUUCGGAGCUUGAGACACCUAAUUGCGCAGUUCUCCAGAUCUGAUUGCUUUCCACUGAGCAAAUACAUCCAAUGGCUCAUGGUGAGGGGCCUGCCUGAGAAGGGAACAGUCCGUAUCGACACAAAUUCGAUCUUCGGGCGAGCAACAGGAGCCGACUCUCCGAAGGGACCUGAGUCUAUUCAGUUUCUGCUCGAUCUGUCUUUGCACCGCGCAGAAGACCACGUUAUCAAUUUACGGAACUCGGUUCUCGAGCGUGCAGGCUUUGAUGCCAAUUCGGAGGAGGUCAUCUUCCGACAAUGUGUACGCUUCCUCGAGCAAAAAUUGGCGGACUCAAGCUUCUUCACCAAGCCUGAGCCAUCAGCUCUGCCUGAGCCUUCUUUCGCGUCGCUUCCAUGGACACUUCGGACCAGAAUAUCUAUGUGGCUGCGAUCAAGAGCUCUCGAAGCCGCCAAAUCUGCACAAAGCACUCCUAUGUUGCCUGGAUCCAAAGUUCUGAACGACGAACAGUUCUUCGUGAUUCGUCAUGUUCUGGAGUGCAUGGAGGAUGAGGCAGUUCUUGCUGAUGUGGUCGGCAUUCUGUCGGUGUCGCAACGAGAUGAUCUAGUGGCAUCUCUCGUCGCCACCAUUCAUUUCCACGCCGGGACCUUCUCCGCUAUUGGGGCCCUCGAAAUCCUGCAAAAGAGGAUGUGUCAAGUGUACAUGAAUUGGCGACCUGCUAAACCGACAAUGCCACUACUGACCACGACUCUGCUUGACCUUUGUACCGCUUUCCCGGUCAAGACACCGGCAAUCAGGUUGUUGCAACAAGAUCUCGUUCGAGGAGACCGGGGGCGGGCGGUCGCAGCUUGCUCGCCAUAUAGUGACGGUAUCGCCGAGUCAUUGCAGCAGGCUGGCGCGACGUUUGUGGAGGAUUUUGAAGCCAUCCUGCAAUCGGAAACCAACAUGAAUGAGCAAACCAUGAACGGCCUCUUCUCGGUUUUGGUGGAUCGCAUUGAAAGACAACAGAAAUUUGCAGACGACACGCAGACUCUACAUUCAUUCUGCCAACUUCUCAGUCGGCUUCGAUUGUGUCGUAGGGUCCAAGGAGAUCUCCUCAUUCAGAAAUGGAUGUCGCGACUUAUCCCCCGCCUCGACUUGAAAUCUGGGCCUCUACUGCUUCGGAUCCUCAUUGCAACGGGAUGCAUAACCUUUGGUACCAUUUUCGAAGCCAUGACUAGCUCGAAGUCAGGACCAAGGAAGAAUUUAGCCCUCGCGUCCUUGUUGUAUCAAAUUCUUGCCCCCGCCCAUUCUACGUCACUUGAUUGGGCUACCUACCAGACUCGGAUUCGGUGGUACGAAUACUCGCAGAGGAAUCCGUCGACUGCCUUGGAGAUGCUGUGUGAAGCCGGACUGCAAGGUGUUUCGCCGUCCUUCGACUCACUGCUCCUGGCCGUACUUGUCAACAGUUGGACGUCAGACUCCUCCUUGCCCGACUCUGCCAAACGAUGGUUCGUUAAGUCCCUCAGUUGGACACUGAGAUGUUCUGAUGGUGAUCUCAAUGUGGCUGGCCUUCAAGCUUUAUUAGAAUCCAUCAGCGUAUUUUCGCACCGAUUUGUCCAGCUACGAUUCCGCUUAACGCCACCGACCUCUUUCGAAAAAGCCUCCGGGCCGGAUCAGCCCGACUUGAUCCAGGUACUCUCCCAGUCCUUGAAGCAGUCGCUACGGAAGCAGCCUUCUACAUAUGGGCAACAGCAGCGGUUCUCGCAGCUCUUUCAGAUUGUUGGCUCUGAUGUCGCUAGCCAAGUCCGCCAGAACAUCGAGAACGAGUUCUUGGACGCACUGCCGAAACUGCCGAUAGGCAAAGUGACCAGUCCAAUCUCUGCGAUUUUCCCUGGUGAUGCUCAGCAGUUGUCUUCCAUUGUCGAGCAGGCGUUCCAGGUGUGCCGGAAAGAUAUCAGUCCUAGCCCUGGCUUCAUGUCACACCUAAUUGACAGACUGUCACAGUAUGUCAAGUGCUUGGGUGGUGUUCAAAUGACUCCUGGCACUCCUGCCGCUUCAGCCACGUCAGCCCCUUCAGGCGUCUCUGGUCAUGGAGGCUCUUCUACCAGCAUCAAUCCUUCUCAGAUGUUAUCCAUGACGUCCAGCCCGAUUGCCAGCACAUCAGAUGUCGGAGGUGGUUCUUUUCCACCAGCAUGCUUGAGUUAUUUGAGAUACAUGCUACAAAUGGUGUGUUUGCAACGCCCGACACUGGUUUUGUCAGGUUCCAGCGCGCCCAAUGCCAAACAGGUCCAGAAUGAACAAUUUCAACUGCUUGUACGACUGGCGUCCAUCGCAACGCACCCAGCAAUGACCCUGGCGUCUGGGCAUCCAGGCAAUCUAGACGAGCAAGUCAAGGCUAAAGAGGUAGUCGAUUUUGCGUUCGACGUGAUCGCUACCAUCAUCGAUGGUGUCACCGACGAAGUCAAAAUGAUGUGCGCCAAGUUCCUGAAGGACAAAUUACAGGAUGCACGGCUCGGCUACUUGUUUGGCAGCAUCAAUAUCUUGGGAUCAACUCAAGUGCAAGACGUGGGCCGGGGGUUGCAGAUGGCCAAGGAAGGCAAGGGAGUCAUCGGGGAGUGGAAGCCGCGAAUGUGGGAAGUCCUGGAUAACGGAAGCGGUAAAGAGAGCGAAACGUCCCUCGGAUUGGGUCUUUUUAGAGCCAGAUACGUAUAA